AUGAUCACCUCUCAGCUUUCCCGCGAGAUAUUUGCCUUGAACUUGAAAUGGCAAAAGUCUUUGGAGUUUUCUGCAGAUGGCUCUUUGCCUGGAGCCUCUGAAGAAGGCACACUUGAGGCAAUUGCAGCGGGACUGCAGGCUUGUGCAAAAGAAAUUCAAGAAAAAUGGAGUGUGGAGUUCGCCCUCGCCAAAGACGGGCAGGGCUGGGGGCCCUCCCAAGACGCUGCAGCAGCAGCUCUCACUCAGGCUCUCCUGGGCAAGGAAGGCUUGCUGGGAACUGUUGCUGCUGCUGCGCUGCAGAAGGGGCCGCAGCAAGUGACCCUCAAGAAGCUCGCGCUGGACCUUUGCCGCACAUUUGUCUCACUUGAACUCCCAGCUGCUGCCUCUGUGGGCUCUGAGACCCUCGCGGAGCUAACAGAAAGCUGUCUCAGCGCUGCAGCUGUGGACCCGGCCCACAAGGUCAAGCAGGCGGCGCUGAGGCUCCUGCGGGCGGCCUUUGCUCCUGAGACAAGUGGGGGCCCCUGGGGGCCCCCCUGGACUGCACUGCCUCUGCCUGCUGCUGCGCUGCAGCACAUGCUGCGCCGCCUAGCAGCAGAACUCAGCUGCAGCGACAAGCGGGCGGGCUCUACAGUCCGCGCCGAGCUUUUGCUGCUCUUGGCUGCGCUGCUGAGCCGCCUAAGGGACUACCCCGAGCUGACUGGCCCCUGGCUGCUGCCAGUACUGCAGCAAAUCACCUGCCGCCUGGGGGCCCCAGAAGGGAAGCUCAGCGCAUCCCCCACGGAGGCCUUGGGGGCCCUGGAGGCGCUGCAGCAGCUGCUGCACAGCCACAAGACCCUGGGGGCCCUUUUGCCUGCAGAGGUGUGGGGCCGCGUCUAUGCCUACGCCGUGACUUUGGGGGCCCCCGAAGGCCAGGAGAGAGGCCAGGGGGGCCCCCCAGGGGGCCCCCAAGGAAGUGCGAAGUCAUACCAGCAGCAGCUGCUGCAGCCUGCUGCCUUGGACCUCCUGGCCGCCGGGGCAGAGACCUUUGCUCCUUUUCUAGACAAAGACAUUUCCCAGGAGUUUGCUGCUGCAUUGGAGGCGACAGGGGAGGGGGAGCUUCCCCCAAACAAGCUAGGGGGGCCUGCCUCCUGCGAAACCAGCAGCAGCAGCAGCAGCAGCAGCAGCAGCAAGCAGUGCAGCAGACGGGGCACCCUGCUAGAUCGACUGCUUGGCUUAGCCGCCUCGCCUCAAGUCUCUGUUGCAAAUGCAGCAAGGCGGGCCCUAGCCCGCAUAAUGCGGUGCCUGUGUGGCUCUGUGGCCAUGGGGGCGGCAGGAGCAGCAGCAGCAGCAGCAGGAGCAGCAGCAGCAGCAGCGGGAAGCAGCAGCAUCUGCGGCAGCAGGAGCAGCUGCGACGAGAAACUAAACAGGCCCUUGCUGCUGUGCACUGUCCCGCUGCAGCUCUUUGGGGCCCGCCUUGUCUCUGAACUCUGCAGCGCCAGUUUGCUGCCAGCAACAGAGGCUGCGUCUCAGCCUGAAAGUUGGUGGCAGCAGCAGGGCUGCAGGGCGCUGCUCGUGCCCCACUACAUAGGCAUGCUAUCUGCUGCAGAGCAGCAGCAGCAGCAGCAGCAGCAGCAAGGGUUUGCUGCUGCUAGGGCCUGCCUCCUUCUGGCGAGCGCUGGCUGCGGCCCCGCCUGGCAGCAGCUCCAUGGCCCAUCUGUGGCGAAGCAAACUCUUCACUUUCUGUCUUCUGCUGGGGAGACAUUGUGUUUGCUGCUGGGGGAAAAAGAUGUUUCUUUUGCUGCUUUUCCGGCUGCUCCUGCAGCAGCAGCAGCAAAAGCUGCUGCUGCUGUUGGGGGGUCAACUGCCGGCUCCGCGCUUUCAGAGGAAACAGCCGACGCCAAACGCCGCCGCAUCUCUCCCGAGGCGCAGCAGCAGCAGCAGCAGCAGCAGCAGCAGCAAGAGCCUGCGGGCGAAGUGCAUCCCCCAGAGGAGCUGCCUGAUUUGCCUGUAGAAGAGUCCCAGAGCAGCAAAGUCGAGAAAGUACUGCUGCUGCCUGCUUCUUUCUGCAGACUUAUAGAGAAUAUUUCUGUUUCCUUAUUUAAGCUGCAUGCAGAGGCCGGGGCCCUCCCGCGGGCUUUGCUGCCAAAAGCUGCUGCAGCUCUCGGAGCCGCGCUGCGGGCUUUGUUGCGGGCAGCAGCAGCAGAGACCGCCGCUGCAGCAGCAGCAGCUGCUGCUGCUCUGCAGGGCGCAGGCGACGCGCAGCCCUUCGAAGCAACGGAGACAGACACGGGAGAAGACCGGAAGCAAAGCCAGCUGGCGGAAGCAAAAGAAGCAGCAGCAGCAGCAGAGACAGAAAGCCUCAAGGCAGGAGGAGCAGCAGCUGCUGCUGCGAAAAGUCUCAUCAACCAAACGCUGCUGCUGGCCCUCAGCGAAGCAGCAGCUCUGCAGCCGCCGCCCGCUGUUUCCGUUGCGGGCCUCUGGCGUGCCAUUCUGGGGCUGCCGGGAGAAGCAAACCGCAGCAGCAGCAGCAGCAGCAGCAGCAGCAGCAGGGAGGCUGGUUCUUUGGGGAAGAGGAUGAGAGACUCUGGGGGGGAGCAGCAAACAGAUCCAGGAAGCAAUGAAGUCCGGGAUGCUGCAGCUGCGGCUGCUUGGCUGCUGCCUCUUAGCCGAAUUUUGCUGGAGUCCUUUUAUUCCUUUUUUGCCUUAGGCCUGGAGUCCUCAGGAAGCAAAAAGGCAAAUGCAAAUCUGCUGCCGGCCUUGGGGCCUCUCUUUGCGCAAGCUUUGCUGCUGCUGCCUGCAGAAGCAGCAGACGGCGAAGCAGCAGCCAGCUGCUUCCUCUUUCAGCUGCAAGCUGCGUCGCUGCCAGCGACCUGCAGCAGCGCGGGCGCCUCCUCUUUGCUGCUGCAGCGGGGAGGCGCUGCUGCUGCAGCUGCUACAGAGCAGCGCAGCAGCAGCAUCACGGAGGCAGGCGCUGCUGAGGGCCUGCUGUCCCUGGCCUUGAGCUCAGUAGAGAGUUUGUCUCUUAAGGAGCUGCUGCAGCGGCUGGCAAUCUGCUUUUGCUGCACUUUCUCAGCUGCUUCUGCUUCGCGCCGGCUGCUCUGUGACCACUGGUCAGUUACCCCUGCAGUUGCCUUCCUGGGGGGCUGUGGGGCCCCACACAGCCCCGCAUGCAUGCAGAGAGUGCCACUUCACAAACAGACACACAAAAGAGAGGGGAAGAUUGCUGCAGCGCAGCGCAGCAGCAGCUCGAGCUGCUGCGCAGCUGGGCAGGCCGCUUUAGAGGCAAGAGAGCUGCUGCUGCUGUCCUUCUUGAGCGCCCCUCCCGUUGCUGCUGCCCCUUGA